UGUCCAGGGUCGGGGCCGGAGAGGGGCCUUGUAGGUAGAGCAGCCGAGGCUCGAUCGGCUCCGAGUAGGGUCUCCAGCCGGGGUCGGAGUCCGGGGCUCCGCGCCCGCUGACGCGCGCCCUGCCCCCUCCAGCGCGCGGGCCGACGUUUUAUUUCAGAAAUGACCAUUAAGAAGUAGAUGCCCAGAUGCAAAAGUGAUGAAACAAUCCAUUUGUCAUAACGUAAGAUGCAGCUGUGGCGUUCCAACCAGAUUAGAACGAAAUUGUAUCUUUUUCUCAGAAGAGAAUUCCACAAGGGCGUCAUGAGAAGAUACAUUGUAAGCUGACCUGUAAGCUGACCGCCCCAGGGCCUGUGACAAACUGGUCAACACAUGGAGGUGGUCAGCAUAAGGACCCUGGCCUGCUGUGCUGACAGGUUAAGUCACCAAACAAAGAAAACAUGGUAUUUUGAAGUAUGAUUAAACUCCUGAUGCUGCAGCAGAGGCUAAUAAUAUUAAUGGCCAGAUCUAGUGCUCACAUGGUCUUCUGAAGAAGCCAUGGGUAGCUGUUGCAGCUGUCCAGAUAAAGACACUGUCCCAGAUAACCAUCGGAACAAGUUUAAGGUCAUUAAUGUGGAUGAUGAUGGGAAUGAGCUAGGUUCUGGCAUAAUGGAACUUACAGACACAGAGCUGAUUUUAUACACCCGCAAACGCGACUCAGUAAAAUGGCAUUACCUCUGCCUGCGGCGCUAUGGCUAUGACUCGAAUCUCUUUUCUUUUGAAAGUGGUCGAAGGUGUCAAACUGGACAAGGAAUCUUUGCCUUUAAGUGUGCCCGUGCAGAAGAAUUAUUUAACAUGUUGCAAGAGAUUAUGCAAAAUAAUAGUAUAAAUGUGGUGGAAGAGCCAGUUGUAGAAAGAAAUAAUCAUCAGACAGAAUUGGACGUCCCCAGGACACCUCGAACACCUACAACUCCAGGGUUUGCUGCUCAGAACUUACCUAAUGGAUAUCCCCGAUAUCCCUCGUUUGGAGAUGCUUCUUCCCAUCCUUCAAGCAGACAUCCUUCCGUCGGGAGUGCUCGCCUGCCUUCAGUAGGAGAAGAAUCUACACAUCCUUUGCUUGUGGCGGAGGAACAAGUACACACCUAUGUCAACACUACAGGUGUGCAAGAAGAUCGGAAAAACCGCACAAGUGUACAUGUCCCGUUGGAGGCGAGGGUUUCUAAUGCUGAGAGCAACACACCAAAAGAGGAGCCAAGUAGUGUGGAGGACACGGACCCUCAGGUCCUUCUUGAACCUGAAGGAGUCAAGUUUGUUUUAGGACCAACCCCUGUUCAAAAGCAAUUAAUGGAAAAAGAGAAAUUGGACCAACUCGGUAAAGAUCCAGUUAGUGGAAGUGGUGCAAAUAACACAGAAUGGGACACUGGCUAUGACAGUGAUGAACGAAGAGACGCCCCCCCUGUUAACAAACUGGUUUAUGAAAAUAUAAAUGGGCUGUCUGUCCCUAGUGCCUCAGGGGUCAGGAGAGGUCGUCUGACAUCCACCAGUACCUCAGAUACCCAGAAUAUCAACAACUCCGCUCAGAGAAGAACUGCAUUAUUAAACUAUGAAAACUUACCAUCUUUGCCUCCUGUUUGGGAAGCCCACAAGCUAAGUCGGGAUGAAGAUGACAAUUUAGGACCAAAGACCCCGUCUCUAAAUGGCUACCAUAGUAGUCUAGAUCCAAUGCAUAACUAUGUAAAUACAGAGAAUGUAACCGUGCCAGCAAGUGCUCACAAAAUAGAAUAUUCACGACGUCGGGACUGUACACCGACAGUCUUUAACUUUGACAUCAGACGCCCAAGUUUAGAACACAGGCAGCUCAAUUACAUACAGGUUGACUUAGAAGGUGGCAGUGACUCUGACAACCCUCAGACUCCAAAAACACCUACCACUCCCCUUCCACAAACCCCCACCAGGCGCACAGAGCUGUAUGCUGUGAUAGACAUCGAGAGAACUGCUGCUAUGUCAAAUUUGCAGAAAGCAUUGCCGCGAGACGAUGGCACAUCCAGGAAAACAAGACACAAUAGUACUGAUCUGCCCAUGUGAGCCUGGAAAGCAUUAUGUUGUUUGCACCUUUGUGAAGUUUUUAAAAUGAAGAUGCAAGUGCUUCAUUUUCAUUUCUAAAUACUAACUUCUUUUAUAGACAGAAUAUUUUUUUUUUAAUAUUUUAUGUGCAUCUUUAACUAAAGGGAAUUAAUGUAGAGCAGGUACUCCUCAAAGAACACUAAUUUCAUCAUGUACUACUCACUGUACGGCAGCAUUCCCAUCUCACAGUGCCUAUUUAAAAUGGGAAUUGAAGUGAACGACAUGCUGGUUGAUUUUGAUCAAUAUUCUGGACUUAGGCAUAUCUUUCAUGUCCAAGUCAUGGUUGGCAUUUAAAACUCCUUUGAAGCCUGUUGGCAAUGUUCAUUGCUAACAGAUAACUCUAGUCUUUGAAGGUAUCUAUAGACUCACUGUUCACAGUGUGUGGCCUCCACCAUGUAACUUGAGGAAUCCUUUAUUUCAUUAAUUAAAGGCUUUUUAACUUGAGCCAAAACAUAUGUAAAGGAAAAUAGAAGUACCACCCUCCUUUUACACCAGUCAGCUCCCUUGCCCUCAGUGUUACUAGAAACAGUCUGGCGUCCGUGAAUGUGGUUUGCCCUCCGUGUGUCGAAAGGCAGAGGGAGAUAAGAUUUUCUGUUUACUCAUCUCAUGACGUCAUUUGAAAGGCAUGUCCAGAUAUCUUACGCAGAGUUACAGUAGGCUCAAGAAUCAGUCUCAGGUCACUUAACCCAGAAACAUUUGAAAAUCUGCAUGCAUCGUGUAGAUUAUUAACGACAUGUUGUUCUCUGGAGGCCUCGUGCCGUUGGGUCCCAUUGAUCUUCCGCUGCUUUCUUUGGUGUCUGGGAUGUCUUACUUUGUUGCUUAAUGUCUUUUUCAAUUUAAAUUGUUUGAGUUUGUAUAUAGUCUUGAAUUGGAUUAUGUGUUUGUUUAUUUUGCAUUUUUGUCAGAUUAUGGUUUUGAAGGUUCAUUUGAAACUCACUGUUGUUCUAUAACAGGGUUGCCCUUGUCCAGUAUUUAUUUAUAUACUGUUUACUUUUCAAGGUGAUAAAAACAUUAUCUUCAUUUUAAAUUUUACUUGUGUCCAUAGGUGAUCUCGUUAGCAGCUGAGAAAAAAAGGAAGAUACUUGUAACAUGCAAAACUCCCUCCAGGUACUGUGUUCCCUGUGGGCACUCCCCAGCACUUUAGCAGGGACCCUCUCAGCCGGGCGGCUGCAGUCAUGCUCUGCCUGCCCCAGUGGUCCUCAGCUCUCUGUCCUCUCACGUGUGGCUGGAUCUUUGAUUAUUCUUUUAUUCCAGUGAAAUGUUAAUACUGUUGCCAGUGUAGCAGGUGCAGUGGGAGUCUUGAAGCAAUGAAAUUGUGUCAUAAUUUAGGAUUUAAAGUGAAUUGACAUGUAUAAAAACUGAAGAGGGUCCAUAUGUCAAAUUCUUAGAAAAUCAAAGAUGUUCCGAUUUCCCAAACACUAGAGACUAUAAGAGAAGAUAGAGUGGAAAGAAGGUUAGGUAACCUAACAAAAUAUUUUACUGUUUUCUCUAAAUAUGAGGAAGUUUGAGGUUUUGGUCUGGAUCUACCAGACGUAACUAAUAUUAAUUUAGUUUUAGCCAUAUAGCAUCCACCCUAUUCAGUAAAUAACCUGAUCAUAGGACAAUAAAUGGAUUAGCAGACUGACAGAGUGGGGCCAUUAUAAAGAAAAUAAAUUAUUAAAGGUGUCUUUGUUGUUCUCAGUGCCAUUAUCGCUGUCUUUAUCAUAAGUCAAUAUCAGUGUCUGAUCAUUUUGUGUGCAUAGCAGAAUUUCCCUUUUUCUCCCCUGUGAACUUGGUGCUUACUAAAGUGGUCACUGUUCUCUUAAAAAGAGCAGUGGUGUCGGUGUGCAGUUUGCAUUUUUAAUAUACUGUUCCAUUUAUCCCUUCUUCUGAGUAAAUUGCUGAUUGUGCCAAACUUAUGUAAUGGCUUUUGUAAUAUGGAAUAAGAAUUGUGAUGGAACCAAUGCACAUGGUUUUCUCUGUAAUCAGUGGUCAAGGCAGAACAUUAAUCUCCAAAUGAAAGGGCUGAUCUAUUUAUUCACUUUGGAGGUUGGAUCCUUUGUUCUUUCCCUUCAUCCUUUUUGUUUUUUCCUCCAGAUUCUAAUUAGUUUUUGUAAGUUUUAGAUAAAUCCAUUAUAAUUAUAGCAGUUUGUGCUUUAAAUACUAUGUGCUUUAAAAAUGAAAGUGGGACCAAUUUGUCUGCUAAGAAUUUGAUUGUAGCUACUAUAAGAAUAUUAGGAAGACAUAUACAACUGGUGUUAGUUUCUAGAGGUCUUCUGGAAAUCACUUGUGUUCCUAUUUAAUAAAAAGUAAUUUAGAAUACUACUUGUCCUUUGCAGUAGUCUGGUAGUGGGCAUUAAGCUCUGUCCUGGGAGAAUGUGCCUAUCACGAGGUGCGUUUUAGAAUGAGAUCUUUUAUUGGCAGAUAAUUAUGGCCGUAUGUUUCAGAUUUUUGAGAGCUAAUUUUAGAUAUUCUUUUGGUAAACCAUGUAAUUCUGCUUUUCAGUUAUAGAAAUAUAAUCAUUGUUCAUAUGUUAUUCCCCAAAUAGAAAUCCUCUUUUAUCCAAAUAGAUCAUAAGAGCAUUUAUCCCUGACCAGGGUUGGAAACUGAUAAUUGGUAUUACCUGUGUUUUUUCUUAAUGUGUUUUGUUUCCCAGUUUUAUUUUCCUUUAAAAAUGAAAAUACGGUGCCUUCCCUCCCUCCAGGAAGAUUGGCAAAUAAUUCCUUUUAUUUACUGCUGCUGUGGAGUGAUGAGAUAUGCACUUUACUCUUGAAGACUCAGCAAAAAGCUUUUUACUUCCAGUGUAUCCAGAAUAGAUCACAUUUGGGACUUAGGAAAAUUUGCCAAGUAAUCUUUGUUUUUAUAGAUGUUAAUGUUGACCCCCAGUUUAACGUUACAAGAAUAAGUCAAGCUUGUGUUUAUCUCCCCACCCCUAAAAAAUCUGUGGCACAGCACAUAAAAAUGAACCUCAAUAAUGUUCUAUUAAAAAUGGGACAGGGGCCUUAUGUGUUCAUAAUUUCCCAACAAUGUGCCACCAUAUUUUUGCCUCAAGGUAAGGGAUUUAACAUGCUAAAAAGUAUUUCCCAGUUACCCCUGUGCUGUUCUUAACCCAUAAUGCCCGAGUGUUUUGUGCAAUGUGUGUGUGUAUAAAUAUCUAUCUAUCUAUCUAUCUAUCUAUCUAUCUAUCUAUCUAUAUAUAUAUCCUUGAAAUAUACCGUCAGAGGCAUCAUUCACAAGUAAAUGAUGUAUUGGCAUCUCAUUUCAUAUUUCUGAUACGUGAGGUAUAUGGUACUAAUCACCGUUUCCUUGAUGUUUGCCAAAUUUGAAUAAAAGCAUUGGUACGAAAUUAUAGAAUGUAAAGAAAAUGUUUUUGGCUUGAAAAAUUAACAGUUAUUUUAUGACAUACCACAGUAUAUCUGCCCAAACCAGCACCCCGUCUGCCCUUCCUGUCCUUUACAUCCCUGCUCCCCGUCCCCACUUCUUCAUCGUGUGGGGUGUAACAGUUCUUUUAUAGCAUCAUUCUAAUUGCAUUUCUGACAAUUGGACGAUUCUAGCAUGGAAACAGACUCGGAUUAGUAGUACAGUAGUCACCAGUGUGCCACAUUUGCAUCAGUAAAUGCAAAAUAUACAUUUUAUAAAGGACAAACUUUGUGUUAAUGUUUUUAUUUUCAUUACAUUGUAUAAUAUUGUAAGAUUAUUGUAUGUCCUAAUUUGCAUUAUGAAUGUUUUUUUCCUACGUAAAGGCAUAAAUAUAGCAACUUUGUAUAAAGGUAGCUUAUUAGAUUUUUAAUUUUUCCUUUUAUAAAAGAUUGUCUAACAGUAGGACUACCAUUGCCAAAUUGUAAAUGAACUAUGAACUUUACCCCCUUUGGUUGAUUUCUUUUAUAAACAUUCCAUAUUUCUCUAAUAAAAGACAUAAGUGAUGCUGUACUAUGUAUAAAUUAUAUUUGAAUGCUGUUUAAUAUCAGCAUUUUAAAAUUUUGAUUUGCAUUUUUCAUAUUGGCCAAACUUAACCACUGUUAAUUAAAAUAAAACCUUGUGACAAUACCAUUUGCCCUCCAUCCCUUCCCAGCCUCAUUCUUUAUCUCUCCCUGUCAGUGCCAACUUCAUACAUUUUGUAGCAUGGCAAUAAACUAUAACUUUUACACUGAG